CAGGAAAAAAAAUUAACCUGUUGUUUGUGUUUUUUUUUCAUUAUAACUAUAAUUUCUUCUCUCGAACUACAAUAAAAAAACAAACUUUUCUUUAAGUUUAUUUUUCCAACAAAGAAAAAAAACUCAGCAGGAAAUCAACAAUUUCGCAAAGAGUAAAAAAUAAUAAGAGACAUUUAAAUUUUGCAUUCGAUUAUUAUGAGAGAAAAAUGUUAAUUUUCGACGAAGAUUUAGAACUCGAUUCCUUACCAGCAAAUAUUUAUAAGGAAUUAGUUUAUGAACUUAAUCAAGAUUCAGGAUGGCGCACUCUGGGACAUUACGUUUCCAACGAAUUGGGUUGUUUCGGAGAGCAAUUUUGGAUUCGAGAAUUCGAGCAAAAUAAAUUUACAAACAAUCAAACACCUGCGGAAAAAUUACUAUUUGAAUUACGAAUUAAAAUGUGCACUGUUGGUGUCCUGAGUUCUUUACUUGAAGAUUGUGGAUUAUUAAAAGUAUUAUCAAUUCUGUCUUCCCCAGAACCUCUAGUCAUUAUACAACAACCAAAUUCAACUUCAGAUGACAUUCAAAUAAAUAUGGACCAACAAUUAAAAUUAAUUUGCAAAGCAACUGGAAUGCCACCACCGAAUUAUUUAUGGUAUCAUGGAAAUAUUCCCCUCCCUGAUUAUACAACUGAAGAAUUAAACUUUAAAAUAACAAACCUUAAUGAAGAAGGUGAAUAUAAAUGUAAAAUCUGUCAAAUCUGUCAAGAUGGAAGUUGCAUGAAUGAAAUAUAUUCUGAAUCGAUAUUUCUAACAAUAAAGCCAAUUGCUGUUGUUAUUGAAGAACAACCACAGCCAACUUUAUAUGUUAAGGAAGGGGAUAAACUUUUGUUAAAUUGUAAAGCAAACAAUCAUUCAAAGGCCAAUUUUCAAUGGUUUCGAGAUAAUACAAAAUUGGAUGAUCAAACGUCACAUAUACUUUCAAUAAGUAAUUUUGGAGGAAAAGAUGAGGGAAAAUACUACUGUUAUGUAUUUAAUGAAAUUAGUGAAGUUUAUACGCAAAGAAGCUACGUGAUGGUGGAUCUUCCAAGACAAAAAUCAGUUGCAAAAAUUGCUUUACUAAUUGCAAACGAAGACUAUCAAUUCCAAACGAAAUUGAGUACACCAAAAGCUGACGUGGCAAGAAUUGCAAAUAUUUUAGAUGGAAUUGGAUUCACUGUAAUUUGUUUAAUUAAUUUAAAUUUAAAUGAAAUGAGAAAUGCAAUAUCUAUCUUUAGCGAGGCAUUGGUUGAUGGAGUUUAUGGUCUAUUUUAUUUCGCUGGUCAUGGAUUUAAAAUGCAAGAAAGUUACAUGCUGCCCAUCGAUGCGCCAGAAGUUUAUCUGAGAAAUAAUGCAAUUUGCGAGAGUCAAUUAUUAUCCAUGAUUUUAAAAAACGAUCCUGCUCUAUUCGUCAAUAUUUUAGAUGUCUGUCAAACAGUUCCGUCCAAAGAAAUCAAUCCAGAAAUUCACAAAGAAAUUCCCUUAGUGAAUGAAUAUAAAGGGGGAAAAAAUCUGAGAAAUUUAAUUCAAGCUUAUUCAACGUCAAGUCAUCGUCCAAGUUAUGAGAGAAGUGGCAACGAAUGUGGAGUGUAUGCAAAACAUCUUAGCAAAUUUCUCGAUAUGGAUAUACCAAUAAUCAAAGUUUUUGAAGAAGUUGGAAAAUCUAUUGACACGUGGUUAAAAGGAAAAGCAAGAAAUCAAAUUCCUAUGGUUUCAUCAACAAUAACAAAACCAUUUCGCCUAACUGACUCUACCUCAGGGAAUAAACCUCCGUCAGCAUUUAGUAAAAUUAUCCAAUUAAUAUCAUUUCCGGAAAAAAUUAUUGACAUUAGUUUUGAGAAAUGUGAAAUAAAAGGGAAAAUAUCGAUUUCACCGUUUAUAAAACCAUAUUUAAAUAUUAUUCGAAUUUGUUUAUUAAAUGCCGAUAAUUAUGAUGUCAAUUAUUAUAAUUCUGUUCCAUCAGAAACCAAUAGUUUGUAUCAAAAUUUGAAGAAAAAAGAAUGUUGGGUUCAUAAUCCACAAUAUACAAAAGGACCACUGGUAAUAUGCCUUUUGAAAAAUGGCGUUCCGAUUGGGGCAGCUUUAUUUGAUUUUAUGGACCAUAUUCCACCUUUAUUACAUCGUUUGAAAUAAAU